UCAGAGCGCAACGCCGCACGUAAUGAGCUAUUUGAGCGGGAUUUAUCGUACGGUCUCGUGACAGCACCGUCGCUGUUUUGUCGCGAGAUUCGUCUGAAAGAUUCGUAGCGAGAAAUGCAUACUUAUACUGUAUGGGAUAUAAAUGAAGUUAGACACCAUAAUUUGUAUCCUCUUUAUCUUUCAACAUGAUCAGUAUAAAAUUAUCUAUCUUUUGAUGUAUGAAUUUUUACAUUUCACCUUAAAAUGAAUUUAAAAAAUAUAUUAAGAAACAAAAUAUUUUUAGCUUUUUUUUUUAAAGUAAAAUUUGCAUCAACUUACGUUUUUUGAUCACUUGACCCGUGCAUUCACAAAAAUUACUUCAGAUUGGCACAUGCUUUGAGAAAAAUAGAAUUGAGUUGGAGUGCUGGUUAAAGUAUUUUGCUUUCGGACGUGAAAACAUUAAAAAAUCACAAAUCUCGUCUUCUUUUUUUCACCGGAAGUUGGAGGAAUAUUCUGAUAGAUUGGCGCGGGAUAUUGUAAAGCGGAAGGCAUCAGCUGUCCCUAGCACGGAUCAGUCCCACUUUCGUCCAUCUCAGCUGUCACCAUUUUCUGCCGAAAAUUCACCAAAUAGUGCUUUGCCAUCAACGUUUCCAUGUUCUAGGCCAAGUGAUGGUUCAUUAAAUGCUACUGGAGUGACCAUCUUGUUUCCUACACCUGCUUCCAAAAUGACGGACAGCAUUGUUCGUCAGCCCUCUGGAAGGCCACCUGACUUGCUGUCCACUCAACCUUUGCCAUGCUCACCACCAAGCUUGCCGUCCAGCCAACCUUUGCCAUGCUCACCAUCAAGCUUGCCGUCCAGCCAACCUUUGCCAUGCUCACCAUCUAUCUUACCAUCCACUCAACCUUUGCUAGGCUUGCACUCCAGUCAAUCUUUGCCAUGCUCACCAUCAAGCUUGCCAUCAUUUAAUGACAGCCAACCAACCCAGCCAACAGAUAGGCCUCCUGAACCAAUCUUGUUGCUGAGAUCUGAUGUUACAUGUAAUACUUCCAAUCCAUCGUUGGGGUAAAGAAAAGGCUUUUACCUGCAUGCCAGAAGCAGGAAUGUGGUCCUUGCAAGAUAUGUAAUUGUAAAUCUGUUAAAUAUUCCCAUCUGUUAAAUGUAAAAUCAGUUGAAUUAGUUGAACUCAUUAAGAAUUUAUGUCAUGUAGAUAUGGAAAGUUGUAUUUGUGCUAAAUGCAUGGCAAAAUACACAAAAAAAUUGAAGGAUCCCAUGUACACUCCACAAAAACAUAGGAAGAAAGAAAGGAGUGUUUGUUUUUUAUCGUUUUUUGAUAUGUGCACUGACACAUCUCAGAGAGAUUGUAAUUGCACUCUUGAAUCAUUCAAUAAUUGUUUUUCCUUAAAAUGUAUUUCAAUCCCGGAAACAUUAUCAUUAUGUAUAAAGCACCGCACACAGCUGUCACGGUUCCAGAAUUGGGAAUGCUGUUCUGUUUGUGAAGAUUAUAUUAAAACGGAAGACAGAAGGUAUUCAUGUGCAACGAUGGUUGACAUAGAUAAAGAGAGACUUAACAAUAUAAAUGAAAAUCUGUCUCUUAAUGCCGAGAGUAUUUUAUGCAGUUCAUGUUACAGAUACACUUUGAAACAAAUGAAUAAACCAGCUUCAUCAAUUGAUGAACUACAAAAAAUGCUGAAAAUUGAAGCUGCACAACAUGAAAUUAACAAGACAACUCAGGAAACAAUACCAGACAAAGUGUUGUAUGAUGUUUAUUCGUAUGUAUGUACAUUAUGUGAAAAAGAUAAAUGUUUUUUGCUUUUAACUGUAUACAAAUACUAUGUUUCAAAACUGAGAAUAAUAUGCAAGGAAGAUAUGUAUUAUGAACAUAUGAAGAAAAGCCCUUCAUAUCUUAACGGUAGGAUAAUUCAUAAGUUUGGUGAUCUUUUGUCUACGCACAGAAUUGCACGCAAAUAUGGUUUGUUUUAUUAUCCUUCACAUUUAUCACAUGAAGAUAUUCUAUGCGCUUGGCAUUUGUCACACUCAAAACUCAACAAGGUCCAAAGUAAUCAAUCAAGUGAUGAUAUUGAGAUGAUGGAUGAUGAAUCUUUUUCCUUCACUAAUACCGAAUCAGAUUGUAAUAUGCAGUUCAGAAAAAUUGCACUGGAAUGCAAUGAAUUAUUACGCAAACAAGGAAGGGACAUAACCGCUCAUUUUAUUGCGAACCCAAUGUCCUUAGCUGAAUUCAAAUUUGAGACUGCUUUUGAUUUAUUCACCCCCCUUAUUUGGAACAUUAUUUGUAUCAUAACAUCUACUCAGGAUGAGAUCAAAUUUUUCAAGCAAUCUGACAUGAAUAUUGUUAAAGAAUAUGUACAGUUUCCAUCUGAAAAAGGGCAGGCCAGUCACAGAAGGAAACAGAGAAGAGUUGCUACAAUACUCUUGUUGCAAUUCAUCAUAAAUGAUGAGAACAACUACCCUUUGCAUGUCAUUGUUGCCAACUGUGUCAAGAAAAUGUCUCAUUCAACAAAGUUGUUAAAGAUCUUAAAUCAAAUAGGAUUUUCUUGCUCUGAAAGUACAUUAGAUCGAUUCUUACAGGAUAUUCAUGAUAAACGUGCACAAGCUGGGCCCCUCUCUGAAAUUGAAACAUCUGCAUUUACCAUUGUGUCCAUUGAUAAUGUUGAUGUUGUCACUCCAUAUGCUGCUGUUACUUUUGAUAAAUCUAGAAGUUGACAUGGGACAUCCAUCAUGGCUCAGCAACCAAAACCAACAUCUGAAAUUUUACACAAAAAUGAGCAACUUGAUGUGCAAUAUGCAGGUCCUGUUCAGGCAGAUACAUCCUCUAUUGACAACCCAUCACCAUCAUUCAGUAUUGAGAAUCAAUCCCAGCCUGCCACUUUGGUAAGAAAACCCAAAGUGCGUAGAAGAUUAGCGACUUUAGAUUCAAGAGAGGGAAAAAAGACACACAAUGUGCUGUGUUUGCAUCGUAUGUUACAUGUAUAUGGAGUUUUAUUGUUACAAGAGCUCACAAAUUUGUUUGCAGUACUAAUUGCUGUCUCCAAAUAUAAGACCUGUCAACUAAUUUGACAAUUAAAGAACUUAUUUCUACAUGCACAUGUAUGUUAGUAUGCCUUGUUUCAUCAAGAUUUUUUCUUUUCUUGGAGUUAGACCUGAGAUCUACAUGUGUACAUAUAUAUUUAUCUGUGUCGUGAUUUGCACGAAGUCAAACCAAACUUUUCUUGACAGUUUGGUCUUUGAAGAAAUGGCAGAAACUAUUUUUGUUAUAAAACGGUAUCAAAAUCGGUUUGAUAUCUUUCUCGGCUGAAAACCAUAGUGCAAUGUGAAAAGAUAUUCAAUACUGAGACUAUUAUAUUUUACCUUUUAACAAACGUUUUAGUAUGCAGUCAUUUUGUUACCAUUGCAUUUAAGGAUCUCUUACAGACACUAUUUUUCAUGUGUGCCUACAUGUAGCAAUAUUGUGUUCAAGAUUUUAUUCUAUAUAAAGUUGUGUUAACAUUUUAUAUCAACAGGAAA